AUGGACUCUCCCGACUCAUCUUGUACGAACCAGUCCGAAACCAUGAGCGAGUUAGAACGUGCCUAUGAACGCAACUGGACCCCUGAGCUGAACCCUGAGGAGAAGGCACAGCGCAUACAUGACAACCCCCCUACAACAGCUUACCCUCCCAUCGUCAUUACCGGCGAAGCAAGACAUAACCAUGUGGGCAUGUGGAAAGAUCUCAUCUCACAGACCAAGUUUGUCUACGGUUACCAUCAGGAGUACGAUGUCAUUACCGAGCGCACAGCGCACAGAGACGAUGAUUAUCUGGAUGGUGCACUGGGCCGCUUGUAUACUGAUCUUACGCAUCAAGUUGGGAUGAUAAUGGCUCGCAAGAAAGUGAGUAGUGUCAUCAUAAAGCAUGAGAUCGUCAUAAAUGCGAUUGAUAUGGAUAAAGACGAUAGGGCAAACUGGGGCGGCGAUCAGUUUGAUGCGAGAUAUAUGACCUUCUUUUACAAUUAA